CUUCCCCGGGCUGCGGCCAGCGUCCUGCUCUCGCCCCUCCACGCGAUCCAAAGAGGAGGCAACCGCCGGGAGCCGGCUCUCUCCGCCACCUCCUGGAGGACUGGACAAAAAUAAUUUGCUGAGAUGUCAGCUGGGAAUUCUCCCAGGGAAAGCCUGGAAAUGGAGAGCUUCCACACAAGAUUCAGUGCCUGGACACCUUUCAGCAACAAGUCAUUAAAUCGACAGCUCUUUCAGGAAAGAGUUGCUCUUAUAAGUCACUGGUUUGAUCUCUGGACUAACAAGCAACGUCAAGAAUUCUUAUUCACGAUUUUUUUACGAUGCACUAAAUCACAACUAAGGGUUAUCCAAGACUGGUUUUCAGAAAGGAUGCAAGUGGCCAAAGUGGAUUUCUCUACAGUGUUACCACGCUUCAUUUCUCUAUAUAUCUUUUCCUUUCUGAAUCCAAAAGAUUUGUGUGCUGCUGCACAAGUCAGCUGGCCCUGGAAAUUUUUAACUGAACAGGAUUGCUUAUGGAUGCCCAAAUGCAUUAAGUUUGGAUGGUUUCUGCCCUAUACGCCAACAGAUAAUGAGUACGGUGCUUGGAAACACCAUUACAUUGCUUGUGUGUCCAACUUAGAUUGGCUAACCCCUAGGGAAGCCGCUGCUGUUUAUGGGACUCUGAAUGAACCCAAAACAGAAGAUGAAGAGCUACAGGAGAGGCAAAGAGAAAAGUGCCUAAGGAAAAUAGUUUGGGAGAAAAUUGCACUACAUAAGCAGGAGUUGUUCAAAGUUCGACCCCCUUGGGUGAGUGGAACACACUGCUCUAGAUUGUUCAAAUCCAAAUGCCAACCACGUCUCUCCCAGACUGUGAGGGAUCGAGUGAGAUUACAUGAAACUUUGGAGAAACAGCUUGUUUUGUCAUCUUUAGAAUCUUUGCCCAAGCGAAGCAACAUUUCUGGAUGCCAUUCCUACCCUUUAUUAUCAAAGAAAAAUUGGCGUGGAGUUUAUAAAAAUGACAGUUCUUCAAAUGCUCUCCAGCCACACUUCAUAUUAAUAUCAUCUCGGAUUCCUGCAUAUGAGAUGGUGGCGAACAGUGUUAGAGCAGGUAUCAUUUCUGUGGUGUAUGAACACAGUGGCCUAAACUUGGAGACGCUACUUUAUCUCAUAGAAAAAGCUCUGGAUGGGCAGAUGGCACAAAGUGUGGGAAUAUUCAGUGAUGGAGACAGCAGAGAAAUCAACUUACUCCAAGGCUAUAAAAUUGGUAUUAAAAAUUUAUUGAUGCCUGAAGUGAGAGACUUCUGGGAAAAAUUAGGAAGCUAUGUGGCUCCUGAAGAAGAAGGGGGUCACGUGGACCUCUUUGUACCACUUGGAGCAUCAGAGGCAGGAAUAGAAGUUCUUUCUCAGCUGUCUCAACUGACUGGCACGUUAUUUACUGCUCCCACUGGGAUUGCCACUGGCUCUUACCAACAUGUUCUUAGUGACUGGCUGGGACAACAGUGGGAACCGGCACCCCCUUCCAUCUACUUCAGCGAAUCAAAGCUGCAGACAUGGUCCAGCUUCACCGACUUCCUGGAAGACACCUUGAAAUCAGUAAGGAAACAAUUAAGUCCUCUCUUCAAGGAGCUGCAGGAGAACAUCAGUGGCAGGAUGAUAGGGCAAUUUGUAUUUGACACCAUGAGUGUGGCUAACAUUCUGAAUAACCAAGAAAUCAUACAAGCUCUGGCAGAUGGAUUGAUAGAGCUUUCAAAAGAAAAUUCUGACAACCCUCUGGAAUUUUUGUCAUAUUUUCUGCUGAAGAAAUGUAGUAAAAAGAGCAAGCAUUUUGAAAGAAAUGUCAUUCUGACAAAAAGUGACCCAAAGGCAACACACAAUUUACUCACAAAGGAAAGAAAUGUUAUAGAAGAUAACCCUCAGGACACAAAACCCAGUCUCAGCAAAAAUGAUCCAAAUUUUGAGUUGCUGGUUAAGCUGGAGAGAAAACUCCAGCUGGAUUCAGCCGAAAAGCGAACGAGAGUUGUCAGGGAACUCUUAAAGAGUGAGAGAAAAUAUGUGCAGAUGCUGGAAAUUGUGAGAGAUGUUUAUGUGAGGCCACUGAGAGCGGCACUGUCAUCAAACAGAGCCAUUCUGAGUGCUGCAAACAUCCAGAUCAUGUUCUCUGAUAUUCUGCAAAUCUUAUGUCUCAACAGGCGGUUUCUAGAUGACCUGAGAGACAGACUACAGGAAUGGGGCCCCGCUCACUGUGUGGGAGAAAUAUUCAUAAAGUUUGGAAGCCAGUUGAACACAUAUACCAAUUUCUUCAACAAUUACCCUGUGGUUCUAAAAACUAUUGAGAAGUGCAGAGAAAUGAUACCAGCAUUCCGAGCUUUCCUGAAGAGGCACGAUAAGACCAUUGUUACCAAAAUGCUGAGUCUUCCAGAGCUGCUUUUGUACCCAUCCCGAAGGUUUGAAGAAUAUCUUCAUCUUCUCUAUGCUCUGAGGCUUCACACUCCUGCAGAACAUAUUGACCGUGGAAACUUGACCAUUGCAAUUGACCAAAUAAAAAAUUACAAAGGCUACAUAGAUCAGAUGAAGCGGAACAUCAAUAUGAAAGAUCACCUGUUAGACAUACAGAGACUCAUCUGGGGGUGCCCUACUCUAUCAGAAGCAAACAGAUACCUGAUUAGGGUUCAAGAUGUGGCCCAACUUCACUGCUGUGAUGAGGACAUAAGUUUCUAUUUAAGGCUCUAUGAACAUACCUGUGAUCUCAGUCUUUUCCUCUUCAAUGAUGCACUGCUCGUUUCUAGUCGGGGUACAUCUCAUACUCCAUUUGAAAGGACCUCAAAAUCAACCUACCAAUUCAUUGCAUCAGUGGCACUUCAUAGGUUAAUCAUAGAAGACAUACCAGAUUCCAAAUUUAUCAAGAAUGCAUUUAUUCUUCAAGGUCCAAAACAUGAAUGGAUCUGUGCAACAGAAGUUGAAGAUGAUAAAUUUCUAUGGUUGUCUGUACUCCAAAAUGCCAUCAAAAGUAGUAUGGAAAAGUGAGUCUGGACUUCAGACAACAGGGGUGCCAAUCUGCCCUGACAAAGACAACAUGUUGUUUUCUGUUCCAGAAGAUCCAGUAAGAAGCAGAAUAAUGGUUCAUCAUGGAUGAUCCAUGGAUGAACUAGGGGGGACUCAUAAAAUUCCUCCUAACUUUUAAACUUUAUCAUCUAUGCUCAAUUAGGUGAAAUGGAUAAGAAAAAUUUUAAUGUAAAAAUUUGAACCACUUCUUUUGAUAGCUGUUUUUUAUGGACAGUAUUAUUUAAUCUGACUGACAAAACCUAAGGCUGAAUAAGGAUAUUGAGUAUUUAAAGAUUUGUUUUCUGAUCUAAUGAAAAAUAAAAGUCAUAAUGAAAAGUAUUUCUUAAAUGAUCAGUCUAGAGAAAUGUCUUAAUCUGUUGGUGACUUACCAAUUAUCAACCUCUUUUAACAUUUCCAUGAAAUAGUUAUGGAUUUUAAAAAUAUGUAUAAGAAAUCUAAAUAGUACUUUACUAAAAAACUGGUCACAUAUAUCCAUAAUAUGAAUGUAUUCCUACAGAGAGCAUUAAAAACAUACCACUAUAAAGCACUAAAAUUUUCUGUAAUUCUUAAGUGUUCUUUUCUUGCA